ACUAGGCCUAAAAUCAUCACUCUAUCAACUACGAACAAAUUAAUUGGAUAAACCCUAAAAUCUCCUGCAAGCUCCGGCCUCCAUUGAUAUCUACAGGUAAUCAGCUUCAUCUUCUUCAUUCACAUGUUCAUUAUCGCUUCCUGAUUUCGAUUCAAUUUGUUUAAGAAUCUAUCAUGGAACCCAGACUCUUACUUUCUUCACCCAUAACUUCUCCGUCUGCAACUUCUUUUCCAAUCUCCCUUUCUUCCAAAUCAUUCGUCUCAGGAAAGCUAAAGUUUCCUGUAGAAACACGAUUUCCCCGAACUUCAUUUUUCGGACAUAGUUUGAUAUUACGAGAAAAUUCUGGUCCUUUUGGAAAUCAAAUUAGAACAAGCGUUCCAUUUUCACCUAUUAGAGCUGUUGUCAAGAGAAGGAAAGAAGCUCGUUUUGAUAAAGUUAUAGAAAGGGAUAAGAAGCUUAAAUUGGUGUUGAAAAUCAGGAAGAUUUUAGUUAGUCAACCUAAUCGAGUUAUGAACAUUCGGGAAAUUGGUCGGUAUAGAAAUUUUCUAGGUCUUGAUAGAAACAGGAGAUUCAUUGCCCUGUUAAGAAAGUUUCCAGCUGUUUUCGAAAUUGAAGAAGAAGGUGCUUACUCAUUGAAGUUCAAGCUAACCCAAGAAGCAGAACGCCUUUACAUGGAGGAAAUGAAGAUUAGGAAUGGAAUGGAGGAUCUAUUAGUUAUCAAGCUGAGAAAACUUCUAAUGAUGUCUGUGGAUAAACGCAUUACUUUAGAGAAGAUUGCUCAUCUGAAAAACGAUUUCGGAUUGCCUAUGGAGUUUCGCGAUACCAUCUGUAGGCGAUAUCCUCAGUACUUUAAAGUUGUCAAAACUAGUCUAGGCCCUGCUCUAGAGCUUACCCAUUGGGACCCUAAGCUCGCGGUUUCUGCAGCCGAGCUCGAGGAAGAAGAAGAUGAGAAUCGCGAAAGUUUGAUUAUAGACAGAGUGCCCAAGUUCAAUCGAGUUAAACUACCAAAAGGUGUUCACCUUUCGAAAUGUGAAGGUAGAAGAAUUGCGAAAUUCAUAGACAUUCCUUAUGUAUCGCCUUAUGCAGAUUUCUCUAUGUUGAGGUCCGGGACUAUCGAGAAAGAGAAACACGCUUGUGGAGUUGUUCAUGAAAUCUUGAGUCUGACUGUUGAGAAAAGAACUCUUGUGGAUAAUCUAACACAUUUUAGAGAAGAGUUUCGAUUUUCUCAGCAGUUGAGAGGAGUGUUGAUUAGACAUCCGGAGAUGUUUUAUGUGUCGUUGAAAGGGGAUAGGGAUUCGGUUUUUCUUAGAGGAGGUUAUCGUGAUUCACGCUUGAUUUGUAAAGAUCGGUUGUUGCUUGUAAAGGAGAGGCUUCGUGAACUUGUUAAUGUUCCUAGGUUGAUAAAUUAUCGAAACGAGAGAGUUGGGGAAAUGGAAGAAGGAAGCGAUGAAGGUGAUAUCGAUGAUGAUGAUGAUGAUGAUGAUUUUGAAGAUGAAUGUAGCGACGAAGAUGAAGAUGAAGAUGAAGAAAGGGUGCCAAACAUUGAUGAUGAAGAUGAAAAUGGUGGAGACGAUAUGGAUUCGGAGGAGGGUGUGAUAUUGAACCUAAAGAAACUUCAUGGGGCGGUUUUUCCAGAUGGUCGUCCAAGAGAUUGCUGGUGAAAAGAACAUAUAGAUAACCCAUUUAGGGGUAUGUUAAAAGUGAACACAAAUUGAAUUUUUAGAAGUUAUGGUUUCAAAUUCGAUUCUUGUUAUAUACAUCUUGAUUAUAACCCAUUUAAGCUUAGGUUAAAGUGAAAAAGGUUUGGAGUUUAUAAGUUAUGGUUUCAAAUUCAAUUCUUAUUAUAAGC